GUGGUGGGUGCCGGGCACUCCUCCGUCCAGGCUGCCCAGCCACGCCACCUCUCCCGGGAGGAAGCAUAGAAAGAGGAGAGCUGGCCAAGGGAGCUGGGUUUCCCCCCCUCUCUGCUUUGCCUCUGGAAAUCUAGCCGGAGGGCUGAAGGCUUGAGCUUGCUGGGUCUCAUGUGCGGAAAUCUUGGGGCGUUGGGCGAACGCACAGGGGCAGGUGCUGCCGGGCACAGGAAGGGCCCCCACCGGCCGCCGUGCCUCCUCCUCCUCCUCCUCCUCCUCUUCUUCUUCCUGCCCCAUGGCCUGCAGAGUGGCAGACAAGGCAGCCUGGACCUCCUGGGAGCCAGAGAGGAGCAGCAUGCCCCUUGGGAGAUCCUCUUGCCCCAGGAAAUAAGGUGUGUGGGGAAAUAGUCGUGUGCCCAUAGGACCAUGCACCACACAAUGCCAUGCUGUUUUCUAGUCCUGGUCCUCCGCUGCGUCCUCCUGAGCACAGCCCCCGUUGCAGCCUGUCCGGCCCGCUGCGAGUGCAUCCCUCAGAACAAAGCCGUCACUUGCCACCGCAAACGCCUCACCUCCCUCCCCGAGGGGAUCCCGACCGAGACCAGAGUCCUGGAGCUCAACAAGAACCGCAUCCGCUGCCUGAACACGGGGGACCUGUCCCCCUUCCCUUUGCUGGAGGAGCUGGACUUCAGCGAGAACAUCAUCACCAACCUGGAGCCGGGGGCCUUCGGCAACCUCCUCAACCUGCAGGUCUUGCGGCUGCGCGGCAACCAGCUCAAACUGAUCCCCCCGGGGGUCUUCAGCAAGCUGUCCAACCUCACACUUCUGGAUAUCAGUGAGAACAAACUCGUCAUCCUCUUGGACUACACGUUCCAGGAUCUGAGGAGCCUGAAGACGCUGGAGGUUGGGGACAACGACUUGGUCUACAUCUCCCGCAAGGCGUUUUCUGGCCUUGUUGGCCUGCAGCAGCUGACUAUCGAGAAGUGCAACCUGACGGGCAUCUCUGCCGAAUCCCUCUCGCGCCUCCAGAACCUGGAGGUCCUGCGACUCCAACACCUCAGCAUCGCCUCGGUGGAGGACCAGAACUUCAAGAAGCUGUACAACCUUGGGCAGCUGGAAAUCGAGGACUGGCCGUUGCUGGAGGACAUCUCGCCAAAUGGCUUCCAAGGACUCAACCUCACAUUCCUUUCCAUCACGUACACCAACAUCACGGUGGUGCCAACAGCUGCCUUGAGAAACCUGGUGCAUCUUAUGUACCUGAACUUGUCGUACAACCCCAUCAGCACUGUGCCCAAAGCUUCCCUCCGGGAGCUCAUCCGGCUCAGAGAGCUCCACAUCGUGGGUGCCCUCUUGGUCUCGGUGGAGCCCCAGGCGUUGUACGGGCUGAGGCAAAUCCGCCUCCUCAACCUGUCCAACAAUUUCUUAUCCACACUGGAGGAAAGCACCUUCCACUCCGUGAACACACUGGAAACUCUUCGAGUGGACCGCAAUCCCUUGGUCUGUGACUGCCGACUCCUCUGGAUCCUUCAGCGCCGGAAGACGCUCAACUUUGACGGACAGCCCCCCAUGUGCUCCUCGCCACCUGAGAUCCAGGGUAACGCCCUGCGCGAUUUCCCAGACUCCGUCCUCUUUGAGUACUUCACCUGCCAAAAGCCGAAGAUAAGGGACCGAAAGCUUCAGCACAUCACCGCUUUUGAGGGGCAAGCCGUCUCCUUCCUCUGUCGGGCAGAUGGGGAGCCCAUCCCGUCCAUCAUUUGGGUCUCCCCUCAACACAGGCUGAUCACCACCAAGAGCACUGGGCGGACCACAGUCUUGCCUAGCGGAACGUUGGAAAUCCGCUAUGCUCAGGUCCAAGACAGCGGGACUUACAUCUGCAUUGCCAGCAAUGCCGGCGGCAACGACACAUACUUUGCCACGCUGGUCGUUAAAGGGCAUGCCGCCGAUGGCUCCCUUUAUGCAAAUCGGACCUUGUACCUCAGUGAGUUCAACGACACUUUCCACAACGACACACAGGUCUUCUUAAAGUUCACUUUGGACCUCAAAACCAUCCUGGUGUCCACCGCCAUGGGCUGCAUCACCUUUCUUGGGGUGGUCCUCUUCUGCUUCCUCCUCCUCUUUGUCUGGAGCCGGGGCCGCGGGCAGCACAAGAACAACUUCUCCGUGGAAUACUCCUUCCGCAAGGUGGAUGGCCCAGCCACAGCAGCCGGCCAGGGCGGUGCCCGGAAGUUCAAUAUGAAGAUGAUAUGAAGACCUGGAGGGGUGGGGUGGGGAAGUCUCUCGAUGCCCCUUUUAACCGGGAGAUUUGUUCCCAGUGGGGACCGAGUUGGUAGCGCUGGUCAGAGAGACCACGCCGGGCUGCCGCUCCUCCAGCGGUUCAGUUCAACCACAAGGGCUUAGAGGAAGCAGCAGGUCCACCUCGCUGAUCUUGCCAGGGCAGUUUUUAACCCAGAGGCUGUUUCCUCUCAUGGGGGCAGCCUUCACUGGCUCCGUAGGACCGACCUCCUUUCUACGUGUCUUUCUCCUGUGCUCUGCAAUGUGGACCUUCUUUGCAACAUGGACCUUCUGCGCUCUCCCUGGGACCCUCUUUCCACGUGUCUUUCUCCUGCACUUUCCAAAGGACAAACGUGUCUUUCUCCUGCACUCUCCCACCUCCACACCACCCUCGGUUCCCACAGAGUCGCUUACCACCAGCGAGGCAUGCACGCACACCACUUGUGGUUCCGAAUCCCCCCCUUGCUGUUGCUCAUGUUUGUUCCGUUUUUGUAUCAACUAUGCAUUUCUCCAGUAAUGAGACCGUUUUGUCUGUCUGGGCUUUGAAGAACCUCCUUUCCCGUUCUCCCCCCCCCCCCUUUUCUUGUUUCCAAGUGACAUUUUUGAAAACCUGGGCUUAGUUUAUGGGUUCCUUUUUACAGAGUUUUCUAGCGCUCCUGACAGACGUCUUCCUGCACGGCUGAGGACUCCAGUGCCGACUGCAGGCUUUGACUGUCCACCUGGCCUGCCGGAUGCAGUGACACGGAGGCGUUGCUGGGGCGAUGUAGUGCCUUUAUGUGUUUUUAACAAGAGUAUCAGCAACUGUUUGCCCUCCGUGCCCACAAUCCUUCCUCCACAGAGCAAUAAAAUGCUUAUUCCACGGCAGCUGGCCAGGAUGGUACCCGGCGGCGAAGGGGAUGCAGGCAUUAACAGGGGUGUGUGAGCUCCUCUAGUGUCAACUGUUCAGGGGUGGGGGGCAUUGUUUUAAGAAAGGUUCUUGUCCCCCCCCCCAUCUCAGCCUUCAAAGAAAAUGUGGGGUCCUUCCAGACAGCAGUCAAUUGUGUAAUAGUGCAUGAGCCAGCUGGAGUGGUUGGUAGCAUCUUGUGAGGGUGGGGAGGCUUAAUACUUAUUGUGUGGUUUUUGACGAAACCUACAUACACCCCUAAAGAUGGAGAAAUGACAGCAUUGCAAGACUUUCAGCUCGCAGUGUGUUGUUAUGCUGUUAUUGUCCUGACCAUCGGGCCUGUACAGGCCAAAUUCACAAUGGUGUUUUAAAAGGCUCUAAAAGCACAAAACCUACUAUAGAAUUUUAUUGAUGUUGCCAGAGAAAUGGAAAAUACAACUGGCAGGAAUGUCCUCCAAAGAUUCCUCCAUGGAGGAAGUAAAACCAUUUGUUCAUUGUUACCCAUUUUAUUUAUUUAUUUGAUUGACUGAUUGAUUGAUUUCUAUACUGCCCUUUCAAAAAUGGCUCAGGGUGGUUUACACGGAGAAAUAACAAACAAAUAAGAUGGAGCUCUGUCCCCAAAGGGCUCACAAUCUAAAAAGAAACACAAGAUUGACACCAGCAACAGUCACUGGAGGUACUGUGCUGGGGGUGGAUAGGGCCAGUUAUUCUCCCCUUGCUAAAUAAAGAGAAUCACCACGUUAAAAGGUGCCUCUUUGCCCAGUUCGCAGGGUUGCACAUAUCCUUUCCUAUGUGCAAAAAUGACUGAAAUGUUACCCUAAUCAUUUGGGGACAGAGAUAAAGAAGGGGUGAUAACAGAGACAGCUGUGAGGGUAGCAAGGCUGUCACCUAUUUUCCAUCGUUAGGGGAGUAGAUGUUGCCAAAUUACUAUAAGUAUUCAUCCCAAGAUGGUACCAGUGGCCAAAUUUUGUGGGCCUGGCUCACAGACUGUAAGUUCAAAGUCCAAUCUCACUGAUUGCAUUCCCCUAGGUUUCCACACUCCAUCCUCUUGGGGACAUAUCCUCUGGCUACAUGCUGGUCAGAGACCUCGCCCAUGUUCCCUAUAACAGGGAUUCCCAGAUGCUGUUGACUACAACUCCCAUAAUCCCCAAGCAAAAGCCAUUGUAGCUGGGGAUUCUGGGAGUUGUAGUCAACAAUAUCUGGGAAUCCCUGUUAGAGGGAACACUGGACCUCGCACAAUUUUUGCUGUAACACCUGCCGGCCAAAGUUUGCCAGAAGAACCAGCCGCCACCACAAUAGUACUGUCUUAAAAGGGGGGGAUGCAAGCACAGGCCAGAAGGUGGAACUGCAGAAAUUGUGCAAAGGCUCUGGCCAAAGAAUAAGAUUCUGAGAGGAAGGAGCAUAGAAGGCUACAGGAGCAUGUGAACCAUCAGUAAGAUUGUGCUCUGAACUAGCACCGAACCUUUCAGUGUCACACAAUUAAUUGCGGUCUGGAAGGAGCUGAGCAGUGAAGGCUGCAAUUCUGUGUGUGCUUCCUCAGAAGUAAGGCCCUUUGAUAUCAAUGGGACUUACUUGAAAGUCAGGAAGGUUAAGGCUGAGUGUAUUACUGGUAUAGGGGGAAAGAAAGGAAGUGUUGCUGCUGAAGUUCCUGAGAUAGAACUUUAACUUAUUUAUUUAUCUUAUUUAUUAAAGCUUUUUUCAAGACCUCUUUAAUGCGCAGAAAAGAUAAAACAGAUCUUAAAAAUAGCAAAUGUUUCGAUGUUACAUAUCAUAGGGACAUAGGAAGCUGCCAUAUACCGAGUCAGAUCAUGGGUCUAUCUAGCUCAGUACUGCCUUCACAGACUGGCAGCGGCUUCUCCAAGGUUGUAAGCAGGAAUCUCUCUCAGCCCUAUCCUGGAGAUGCUGCCAGGGAGGGAACUUGGAGCCUUCUGAUGCUCUUCCCAGAGCGGCUCCAUCCCCUGAGGGGAAUAUCUCGCAGUGCUCACACAUCAAGUUUCCCAUUCAUUUGCAACCAGGGCGGACCCUGCUUAGCUAAGGGUCUUAGCUAAAGGUCUUGUUACCACAAGACCAGCUUUUAAGGUUUCAGCCACCACUGCAUAGCACUGAAGCGGAUGUGUAACAUCGAAACGUUUGCUAUUUUUAACAUCUGUUUUAUUUUAUCUGCACGUUAAAGAGGCCUUGAAAAAAAACCUUGUGUUCUUUUGGAGAAUGCGUAUUUCGUCGCCAUUAUACUAUCUUAUUUAUUUAUUAUUUCUCUGUGUAAACCGCUUUGGAAACUUCGGUUGAAAAGCGGUAUAUAAAGAUUUGUUCUUCUUGUAGUA